AUGCCAGCCUCAUCUACUUCAUCCCCAUCCUCCUCCGAACCCUCUUCCUCCAACCCCAUUACUACCCCUCAAACCCGACUCUCCCAAAUCUCCUCACACAUUGACCCCAUGGCUGCCACCGCUUUCGACGCCAAUGUCGUCCCCCAGGCGCCUGAAGAUCCCUUGUUUGGUCUGAUGGCUGCCUUCCGUCGUGAUGAGCACCCCAACAAGGUCGACCUGGGCAUUGGCGCUUACAGGGACGACAAUGCAAAGCCUUGGAUUCUGCCUGUCGUUAAGAUGGCUGAAGAGCGCCUCCGUAGCGACCCCAACCUUAACCACGAAUACCUGCCCAUUGCCGGCUUACCCGAGUUCACAACUGCAUCACAGAAGCUGGUUCUUGGUGGUGACAGCCCCGCCAUCAAGGACAAGCGGGUCACCAGCCUCCAGACAAUUUCCGGUACCGGAGCCGUCCACUUGGGCGCCCUUUUCCUCGCAAAAUUCUACAAGCCCCAGACAGAACGCACCGUCUACUUCUCUGACCCCACAUGGGCCAACCACUUCCAGAUCUUCUCCAAUGUCGGCAUCCAAUACAAGACAUACCCCUACUUCUCAAAGGACACAAAGGGCCUCGACUUUGAUGGCAUGAUUUCUGCCAUCCAGGGCGCGCCCGAGGGUAGCAUCAUCGUGCUACACGCGUGUGCCCACAACCCGACGGGCGUUGACCCUACCCAAGAUCAGUGGAAGAAGAUCGCCGACGUCAUCAGGUCCAAGAAGCACUUUCCCUUCUUUGACACUGCCUACCAAGGUUUCGCAUCUGGCGACCUUGCUACCGACGGCUGGGCCAUCCGCUACUUUGUCGAACAGGGCUUUGAGCUGUGCGUUGCUCAGUCGUACGCAAAGAAUUUUGGCCUGUACGGCGAGCGUGCUGGCUGCUUCCACUUCAUCACCUCGCCCUCGUCCGACGCCCAGUCCACCAUCACUCGCAUUGCCUCACAGCUUGCCAUCCUCCAGCGCUCCGAGAUUUCAAAUCCUCCUGCAUACGGCGCCCGCAUCGCCUCGACGGUCCUCAACGACCCCACCCUGUUUGCCGAGUGGGAACAGAACCUCCGCACAAUGUCUGGCCGCAUAAAGGAGAUGCGCAAGGAGCUCCGCAGCAAGCUCGAGCAAAUGGGCACACCCGGCACAUGGAACCACAUUACCGACCAGAUUGGCAUGUUCAGCUUUACCGGUUUGACCGAGAAGCAAGUGCUCAAGAUCCGAGAGGACUCGCACGUCUACAUGACCAAGAACGGCCGUAUCUCCAUGGCUGGUCUCAACUCACACAACAUUGACUACUUUGCAAAGGCUGUAGACAAGGUCGUGCGUGAGACGCAGUAG